CUGUAUCGGGGUGUGGCUAGAGAUGACUGCAGUGUCGGGCAUUGACCAAACAUAGUACUCAGUCACAAGCUCAUAGCGAAACGAGGAACAGCGGAGUCUAAGUGCAGGAUGUGACAUAAGCUCUUCUUCUUCUUGUCUUGUCAUUCUCGGAGUUUGUUUUUUCUCUCUCUCCCUCUUUAUUCGGAGCCGAGUUAACUUGCGCGUGUGACUGCGGAGUUUUGUCAUCAUGCGGGGACUACCUGCCGCGAUCCUCCUGCUGUCGUUGCUUAAAGUGUCGGUGUGUAUUCAGGUGAUUGUUCCUCAGCAGGAGCGCAGCACAGCUCUGUUUGCCUCAGUGAUCCUCCGUUGUGACUUCUCCACCUCCGCAAACCUUCAAGAUGUUCUGCUCACCUGGAGGUACAAGUCCUUCUGCAAGGACCCUGUGCUGGAGUACUACUCCACGGCAUACCAGUCCGCACUGCAGUUAGGACAGGACCCAUCGAAUGACUGUCCAGAUCGUCAGCGGACAGUGCGCACUGUGAUCCAGAAGAGAGGAAGCAACGAGCCGAUCCUGGGAGCAGAUUACCGUGAGCGCAAGAUCAGCAUCCAAAACAAGGCUGACCUGGUGAUCAAUGAGGUGAUGUGGUGGGACAACGGGGUGUACUUCUGCUCUGUGGAUGCUGCUGGAGACACCACCGGAGACUCUGACAAGGAAAUCAAACUCAUUGUUUACCACUGGCUAACCGUGUUGUUCAUCGUCAUCGGAGCCCUCCUUCUCAUCAUCCUUUUCGGUGUCUGCUGCUGCCAGUGCUGCCCUCAGAGGUGCUGCUGCUAUGUUCGCUGUCCCUGCUGCCCACAGCAAUGCUGCUGCCCUGAGAAAGCGGUGAUGCAGCAUCGUAUGAUGAAGGAAGCUCAGAGAGCCAUGGCUCCCUGGUUAGGAGGACAGCCAGUAUAUGGACCAAUUAGUCACGCCUCCUCCCAGAUGAACCCACUGCUCUACUCAGGAUCUGUUUCGGGCAAGAGCAUCCCUAUGCAGCCCAUGCCCCUCCCCCCUCCUCCUCAUUCUUCAUCUUACGGUAUGCCCCCUCCCAGUAUCCAGGGCAAUCACACCCCUGCCAAUACUAAUCAUAUGCUUGAUUACCUGGAGAGCCAGGUGAGGGGGAUGGAUGUGACCAGUCCUCUGCUGCAGUCUCAGUCGCCUCCACCCCAGCACAUGCAGCAGAUCCCACCUCCCCAGCACAUGCCCACUACCAUUCCAUUUUCACCUGGCCCCCCCAGCAUGAUAUCUGCCCUCGAUGAUGGCCCAAUAGAGCGUCGCAUCAUCACACUUCCACCAAUAAGAGAGCAGCAGCCGGGUAGAAUCCCACCCCCUGGACCCAAGACUCGCCCCCCGAGCUCGAGCGAGAGCAGCCGCAGCGGCUUUGGCCAUCAUGGCGAGCGUGGAGUGGCGGGGAGGCGUUACCCCUCACCCCCUCGAUCUAGAGGCAUUCCCAGGAGCUACAGUGAGGAGGAGCUGGACGGCCGGAGUCGCGGCGGUGCACGAGGAGGCAUGGACCGGCCCCGCUCCCGUUCCAGGGAUGACCUGUUUGACAGCAGGUCCAGAGGAAACUACUCUCCCCCAGCAUCACGGCGCUUGAGAGGAGGGUCCUGGAGCUCGGAUGACGAGGGCAGCAGCAGGAGAGGAGGAGCAGGAGGAGGGAGGAGAGGAGGUGGAGGUUGGGCAGACAAACCUCCCAGCUACUCUGAGUAUGAACCUGGACAGAAACCAGGAGCACGGAGGAAUGGACGCUACUCCGACAAGAGUUCUCGCAGUGGCACCAGCGUCGUCAUCUGAGGCCCCCAGCUGUGAAACGCCCUGCGGCCUCUGUGUCAGAGAUCAUGCACACCUCACUAGAACUGAAAACCGUAUUGCCUGGCUGCUGGUAGACUUUUAAAUUACACCAUUUUAUGUAUUUAAAUAAAACAUGAACUGAGCUGUUUUUAUAAGUGAGAGGCCAGCAGAAGAGAUUCAGAAAAUGUGAGCUUGUAGGUGGUAAAGCAAAUGUUUUAUGUCAGUGAAGAAACCUGUUGACCGGUCGACUAUAAGUUUUUGUUUUUUUUUUAAGGUAUUGCUCUCUAAGAAAAUGUGUCUUAACUGUGAGUACUGAACAGAUUUUGGGAUAAUAUUUUCCUCUGCUCGUUAACCCUUCUCAAUAACAUUCAGGGGAGACUGGGAAUAAAAACCUGUUGUUAGAUUAUUUUUAUAUUUGUCUUUUAAAAUUGAAGAUUCUCCUCUUAAACGCUUUUUUUUUUUUUUUUGGCAGUAAUACUUUAUUUUGAUGAAGCCAUAAAAUACAACCAAGUGUGUAAGAAAUAACUCUCAGGGCCAGUGAAUAAGCACAUUAGAGUUGUUCUGAACUAUUUAAACCCAUAUAAAUAUGAACAGACUCUUGUGAAUGCUGAAAUUGUAAAUAGUUAUUUUUCACCUCCUGCAUAUGUUGAAGUGACUACAGUGUAUUAGUGCUACUAAUGUUUUGAAGGUUAAGGUGGCUGUUAGCAUUAGCAUCUGUUCAAAUAAUGAUAGCGGUUUUUAAACUUUUGCAUAUAGGAUGAAUGAAUUAUCUACAUAGAAGUCAAAAACUUGUUGUUUUAUAAAUUCUGGCUGUCAGCACAAUGUGAAAAUGUAAUAUUGUGGGGGUUUUUUCAGUGUACUUUUUUAAAAACUUGCCUGGUUUCAUUUUUCAGCCUUUUGCUUGUAUCAUGCUCCACACUAGCAGAACAUCAGUUUCACAGGGGAUUUUAGUUCUGACUUGCUUGAUAUUCCAUUGACGCUUUAAGCCUUGUUUUCACAUUUUUACACUUGUACAGUCAGUUUGUGUUGAUUAAUAAUAUUGAUAAUAAACACUGUACCUUUUGGGUAUAA